UUUUUCCCAUCACGACCAUGGACGCAUCGGAUGGACUUUUAGUUUAGUUUUAGGCGCAUGACGUGACGGGUUAAAGGUGUUAAGACUCCGUGCUUAGUUUAAAAUCAAUCCCCACAGUUUCAAUCGAUAUUGAUUGUUUUUUAAAUUUUUAUUUUGGUAUCUCAUCCCAGUUAAUCGCCUUUCGUCAAUUCUUUUUGCAUCCUCUUUUAUGAGGACUCUGAGAACAGGAGUGAAUUGAUUAUUUCCAAAAGGGGUUUUUGGAUGAGAGACAAGAAGAUCACGUAGAAUCAGCGACGGGAUCAUAUUUUUUCUGAUGAUCGCGAAUGUUGAUGGUGCAAAGAAGGUGAUCAUUUCCCACGAAAUGUGCAUCACAGUGUCGCAGUGAAUGGAUUUAAAAAAAAGGCGACAAGAUCACAUGGAGGAUCUUAAUGAUCCAUAAGUAAUUUUUAGUCUUGAAGCAAAAAAAAAGUAGAAAUUCUUGUGUUGUGUGUCUCUUAAUGGAUUACCUGGAGGAUUUUUGGAUUAUUCACUCAGCAAUCACAACAAAUUAUCUCAGAUUUGGUGUAGAUGAUGAUAGUAAAAAGUGUUUUAUGAUUUGUUAUGUGAUGUGAGGUGUUUUGCUUUUUAUCGUGCUCAGAGGCCAACAAAUACAAGAGGCAUUCCCGGAGAAAAAAAAAGAGAGCUUAAUCCUCUGGUUAGUUUUAUUAUUUAAAUGUGAAAACUCAGGAGAACCGAUCCCAAGACUUGGAAGGAGCAAAAAAGACCACUAAAAUAUUCAAUAAAUCAUAAUUUUGGGAUUGUUUUGAUUAAUUGACCGAGUGAAUUUUGUUUUUCUUUUGUGGUUUUGUGGAUGUUUAAGACAAAAGUGGACAUCAGAAACAGUUUAAGUGGCAAAAAUACUUCAUAACCGAUAUAUUUCGCUGUGGCUGGUCAAUUAAUUUUCAUGCGGGAUUAACCGGUGAAUCAAUCAACCGUCGGCAGACAUGCAAAUGAUCGCGAUCAUUAGUGAUCAUUGGAAGGAUAUUUGUAUGUUUGAAGACCUCUGAUCGCUGUUUUGCGUGCAUUUUUAACACAUUCAAUCGGCGAUCGUGCUGACUAAAACCCAUGGGCACAAUGACUCCGAUUAGAUUAUCGAUCUACACAAUGAGGAUCAUGGUGCUGGUGAUUGUGGUCCAGCUGGUGGAUGCAUGUGGUCCUGGCCGAGGGAUUGGGGGUCAACGACGUGGGCGAAAGCUUACGCCACUCGUGUUCAAGGAGCAUGUACCCAAUGUUUCCGAGAAUACUCUUGGUGCCUCAGGACUGCCCGAGGGCGCGAUCACGCGCGAUGAUGAUCGCUUCCGGGAUUUAGUGCCAAAUUACAAUCGAGACAUUAUUUUUAAGGACGACGAGGGAACAGGAGCUGAUCGUUUAAUGACCCAGCGUUGCAAGGAGAAACUCAACACAUUGGCGUGGUCUGUGAUGAAUCAGUGGCCAGGAGUGAGACUCAGGGUGACCGAAGCUUGGGCUGAGGAGCGUCUCCAUGGUCACGAAUCGCUUCACUACGAGGGCAGGGCCGUGGACAUCACGACAUCCGAUAAGGAUAAGAGCAAGUACGGCAUGCUGGCCAGGUUAGCCGUUGAAGCCGGUUUCGAUUGGGUCUUCUACGAGAGUCGAGGCUACAUCCAUUGUUCAGUGAAGUCAGAUUCAUCGCAAGCUUCUUACACAUCAGGCUGUUUUACGGCAUCCAGCACUGUGGUUACAGAAUCUGGAGAGAAGCGUAAGUUGGCUGACCUGAGGGUAGGAGAGAGAGUUCUUAGCGUAGAUAGCGAGGGACGAACAGCAUUCAGUGAAGUGAUGCUGUUUCUGGACCGAAAUAUCGCUGAAGAGCGACAGUUCGUGCAAAUCGAAACCGAAGAUGGCACGAUGUUAACAGUCACACCAAGUCAUCUGCUGAUGAGCACGGAUAGCGUAGGUCGGCGAAGUUUCGUAUUUGCCGAUCGCGUAGAAGAGGGUGACCUGAUGCUGGUGGCAGUUAAUGGGACGGCGCUGGCACCCCGUCGAGUGACGCGUGUGUCAGUGGCGGUCUCACGCGGCGUUUAUGCGCCUCUAACACGAGCCGGAACCAUUAUUGUGGACUCCGUUGCAGCCUCGUGCUACGCUCUAGUCGAUAGUCAAGCGGUGGCCCACUGGAGCUUCCUGCCCAUGAGAGCAGCCACCAGAAUAAGCCGGUGGUUUAGUUCGAAAGAACCUCAAGCAUCCCGGCAAAAUGGCAUCCAUUGGUAUGCCAAAACACUCUAUGCCAUCAAGGACUAUGUGCUUCCCGCCAAACUGCUCCAUCAGCACUGAGGCUCCAUCAUGAAAUGUGCCUCCGCACAACCAAUACCCAAAAAGCUCUUCUCCAAGCCAAGAGACAAUAAAUCACGUCAAAGUGUCUGAACGGUCAUUAAAUCGCGCAAAAAAGGAACAUUUUAACAAAUUUAAAUAAUUUAUGCAAUUCUCACGCUGGCCAGUGACGGAGUUUGAUGGAUAUAUCAAUAUAAGAAAAUUUAACACAAAAAAGAAACAAAAUAUUGCGAAUAAGAAAAAAGGUGAUAUAGAUUUUUCUACAUGUAAUUAAUUAAAAUUAUGUAAUUUAUCACUCUUUUUUUAAUCUAUUUUACAAAAAAAAGAAAACUCUUUACAAAAAAAACACUUAAGAUUAGAAAGAAAAAAAUCUGUAAAUAGUCACACUAAAAAGGAGCAUGUUUAGGAAAAUUUUGGAAAAGAAAAUGCAGAAUAGUCGAUUUUUAUAUAUAUUUUAAUAAAUUUUAAUACCAACUGCUAAGAGAGAUGAGAAGACAUUAUUUAAAUAUUUAAUAAUUUUUCGUACUGUAAAAAAAUCUGUCCAACUGAAAGCUCUAAAAAGAAAAACAGGAGAAAAUUGUCAUAAGAAAGUAAUAAAUAUAAUGUAAAUAAAUUAAAUUAAAAUUUGUUUUCUAAGUUGAAGCAUUUUUUGGCG